ACACGUGUUACUGUACCCUCUCUCUCUCUCUGGCAUAACUACACACGCCCCAUCCGUGUCAUACCAACACACACACACACACGAAACACGCUCGAGCCUCUCCACACGCGCGAAUCCCUAACCUCGCACGCAAACACACAUUUCCACACGCGCCUCCUUACUCUCUCUCACACGCUCACCUCUACUCGCCGGGAAAACCUCGAAUAUCUCGCCUUAUCGUGGAAUUCUUUGUUCAAUUAGGCUUUGGAGAGUAGCCGUGAAACGACACCGGUGAUUCUCCGGUGGUCGGCGAAGUUAGGGUUUUGAGAGAGGCGGAUGGAUCUGUUGUUAUGGAGAAGAUAUAAGGUGAGAAAGCUGGAAGAGUGAAAUUUGAUUGGAAAUGGAGAAAUAGAGGGGAAUCUGAAGUGUUAGUAUGCGCAAGGUGAAGUUCUUGUGUGAAUCUUACGCGUGAAACGAGUGGAAAACUGUUAUAAGAAGGGAAGUCGAGAAAGAGGCUAUCACAUGCUCUCUUUUUUUCCAGUUUACAGUCUAAAUUAUUAAAAAAAAGGGUAGCUUUUCAGGUAUCUGGAUAAUUGAGUGGAAAUGAUGGCCUGUGUUGUCUUAGAAGCAUUGGACGACCAAGUCUUUGUAGCUUUAAGACAUUUGAUUGUGGAAGAGAGAGAAAGAGUAUGGCAACAGAUAUUCAAAAAUUAAGAGCAAGUGAAGAAGAUGAUGAUGAAGAAAUGGGCAUGGACGUUAAAGAGGAAGAUGAUGACAAUAGAGGGAAGCUUAUUGCUGCACAAAUGAUGGUAGGAAUGGACGGAGGGAUGACAUCAAAUAGUAGUAAUAAUCAGUUUCAACAUCACCAGCAAUUUCAAGAACAUGUUAGCUCUCCAGGGGGAGGAACUCGAAUGUCAAGGCCGCUAGAAGAAAAGGAGAGGACAAAGCUAAGAGAGCGGCAUCGGAGGGCAAUCACAGCGAGGAUCUUGGCAGGAUUAAGGAGGCAUGGUAAUUACAAUCUUAGGGUUAGAGCUGAUAUAAAUGAUGUAAUUGCUGCUUUGGCGAGGGAAGCUGGCUGGGUUGUUCUUCCAGAUGGAACCACCUUUCCUUCAAGAUCUCAGGGCUCAAGGCCUGCAGGUGGCACUUCUGCUGCCGUAACAUCAUCAUCUUCACAUCUGGUGUCACAACCGACUCCACCUGGUUCCCUCGGAGGAGUCUCUCCUGGUCAUCGGACCUCGGUUGAGUACAAUUCAUGCCGUAUGAAAGGUGCUUUUAUACCCAACCCCUCACCUUAUGAUCUAUCUGCAAGCACUCAGUCACAAACCCCAGGAAUGGUGGGAGAAGGAAGAGAACAAACAGAGAGUGAUCCUCGUGUUGGUGGCUCCAUGGACACUAUAAAUGACAAGCAGAUUGUUGACAUACCUCCAAUUCCAAAGCUACCAGAGCAGGAUUUUGCUGGCAGUCCAUUCAUACCGGUUUAUGUGAUGCUACCAUUGGGUGCCAUAAAUAUGAAGUGUGAGCUGGUUGAUCCAGAUGGCCUAUUGAAGCAGCUCAAGGUAUUGAAAUCUGCCAAUGUUGAUGGUGUUAUGGUUUACUGCUGGUGGGGCAUAGUAGAGGCUCACGCUCCUCAAGAGUACAACUGGAAUGGUUACAAGAGGCUCUUCCAGAUGGUGCAUGAACUCAAGCUCAAGUUACAGGUUGUGAUGUCAUUUCAUGAAUGUGGAGGCAAUGUUGGUGAUGAUGUUUGUAUUCCCCUGCCAAAUUGGGUGGCAGAAAUUGGACGCAGUAAUCCUGACAUUUUCUUCACCGAUAGAGAAGGAAGGCACAACCCGGAAUGUCUUUCAUGGGGAAUCGACAAAGAACGAGUGUUAAGAGGUCGUACUGCUAUUGAGGUGUACUUUGACUACAUGAGAAGCUUCCGAGCAGAAUUUGAUGAAUUCUUUGUGGAUGGUAUCAUCUCCAUGGUUGAAGUUGGACUCGGUCCUUGUGGGGAGCUACGGUACCCUUCUUGUCCUGUGAAGCAUGGCUGGAGAUAUCCUGGCAUUGGUGAAUUUCAGUGUUAUGAUAAAUAUUUUCUGAAAAGCUUAAAGAAGACAGCGGAAGUAAGGGGACAUCCAUUCCGGGCUAGGGGACCAGAUAAUGCUGGCUCCUAUAAUUCCCAGCCACAUGAAACUGGUUUCUUCUGUGAUGGAGGGGAAUAUGAUGGGUAUUAUGGCAGGUUCUUCCUUAAUUGGUAUGCUAGGAUUUUAGUUGAUCAUGGUGAUCGGGUACUUUCUUUGGCAAAGUUAGCUUUUGAAGGCACUCGAAUUGCUGUGAAGCUAUUAGGUAUUCAUUGGUGGUACAAGACAUCCAGUCAUGCUGCUGAAUUAACUGCUGGGUUCUACAACCCAUGCAAUCAUGAUGGCUAUGCUGCAAUUGUUGCAAUGCUAAAGAAGCACGGGGCUGUUUUAAACUUCUCGUGUUCUGAAUUGUGGACAGUAGACCAGCAAGUGGACUUUGCAGAGGCACAUGCAGAUCCUGAGGGAUUAGUAUGGCAAGUGCUGAAUGCUGCAUGGGAUGUUGGCACACCAGUUGCUGGCGAGAACGCUCUUCCAUGCUAUGACAGGGUCACGUAUAACAAGAUUCUGGAUAACGCCAAGCCAUUGAGUGAUCCGGAUGGAAGACAUUUUUUGUCUUUUACUUACCUUAGGCUCAGUCCACUUCUAAUGGAGAGACAAGCCUACAUGGAAUUUGAACGCUUUGUUAAGAGAAUGCAUGGGGAUGCCGUUCUUGAUCUCCAGGUAUAGCAGGAGGAAGGGCAUCCAGAUGGAGUGGUAUUUAUUUUUCCCCACAUAAUAGAUGGGGUUACCAUAAUGUAGAUUAGUGUAGUAUUUUUUUCAUAUAAUAUGCAGGGUAAUAGUAUUGAAAUGGUUUAAACACCUCUGUAAAUGACGUCACGAACUCAAAACAGUCAGGUUCGCUAGAUUUGAGCUUCCUUUAAUGCUUGCUUUUUUAACCUAGCUGAAAGCUUUUUUCAAAGGCUCGUGUGCAAUUCAGAAAUUUGAAUUUAUUAAUUGAACAGCAAUUCCCCUCCA